GGUUGCUGGCUGAGCGGUUCCGAGCCGGCGUCGGGGAGAGGCUGCACCGGGCGGCUGCGGGGCUGGCUCGACCCAGCCUGAGGUCUCGGCGUCCGCCUCCCGCGGUGCCCUGGGAUUCGCCGACAUGAAUCCCAUCGUAGUGGUCCACGGCGGCGGAGCUGGUCCCAUCUCCGAGGAUCGGAAGGAGCGAGUGCACCAGGGCAUCGUUAGAGCCGCCACCGUGGGCUACGGCAUCCUCCGGGAGGGCGGGAGCGCCGUGGAUGCCGUAGAGGGAGCUGUCGUCGCCCUGGAAGACGAUCCCGAGUUCAACGCAGGUUGUGGGUCUGUCUUGAACACAAAUGGUGAGGUUGAAAUGGAUGCUAGUAUCAUGGAUGGAAAAGACCUGUCUGCAGGAGCAGUGUCCGCAGUCCGGUGUAUAGCAAAUCCCAUUAAACUUGCUCGGCUUGUCAUGGAAAAGACACCUCAUUGCUUUCUGACUGACCAAGGUGCAGCACAGUUUGCAGCAGCUAUGGGGGUUCCAGAGAUUCCUGGAGAAAAACUGGUAACAGAGAAAAACAAAAAGCGCCUGGAAAAAGAGAAGCACGAUAAAGGGGCUCAGAAAACAGAUUGUCAAAACCGCGACCAUGCCCAGGAAGAAGGCGGCGGUGGCGGCCUGGGAGGAGCCAAGCUUGAGCAACGGCACUGCCCGCGCCGGGCCCAGGAAACGUGGCGGCCCCGUGGGCCGGAAGCACGAGGCCCCAGCGCUGCAGUAGCAGCGUUGGUGGCAGCAGCAGCGGCGACGAGGACGGCCUGGAGCUCGACGGGGCCCCCAGCAGGGGCAAGUGCAUGGUGCAGCCUGUGGCGGCAGGCAAGGUGGGCGGUGCAGCUGUGGUCCUCACCGAACCCGAGCCCGCCAAGAAGCGCGUCAAACUUGAGACAUGUGCUGUGUUUACUCAAGAUUUAAUGGAUUUAGGGCUGUGCAGGGUGUGCUUUGUUAAAAAAGCGCUUGAAGGCAGUAUGCUUGUUAAAAGUCAUCACCAUUCUCUAAUCUCAAGUACCCAGGGACACAAUACAUCGCGGAAGGCCACAGGGACUUCCUCACAAAGUGCAAAGGGGAGCUUUUGAUUUUGGGGGCAACCAACUAGGACUUGAUUGGUCGAAAAUAAGUGCCUAAACAAGGCCCGGUGCGGUGGCUCACGCCUGUAAUCCCAGCACUUUGGGAGGCCGAGGCGGGCGGAUCACAAGGUCAGGAGAUCCAGACCAUCCUGGCCAACAUGGUGAAACCCCGUCUCUACUAAAAAUACAAAAAAAAAUUAGCUGGGCAUGGUGGCGGGCGCCUGCAGUCCCAGCUAAUCAGGCCCGUCACCGACCUUUGGGGAACUGGGCUACAGGGACCACAAGCCCAAGUCUUCCACUGCAGCCCAGGAGGUGAAGAUGCUGCAUGGCAUUUUCUCAGAGCAGGUUGCCGUGGGCUACUCACACUCCUUGGUGAUAACAAGAGAUGAAAGUGAGACUGAGAAAGAAAAGAUCAAGAAACUGCCAGAAUACAACCCCCGAACCCUCUGAUGCUGCUGGAGACUCUUCUGACUCCACAGCUCUCACGGCAGCUGUCAUUUCCAUGUGCACUGGGAUGGGAAGUCAGACGAGGAAUUUAAAAAAGCAAAACUUGAUCGAAGGUGCAUUUUUGUUAGACUCCCUGAGGUUCCGUUUUACAAAUGAUCCAACAUUAACUACCUUUUUUUCUGUAUGCUUUCCAAAGUCCCUUUUUUCCCCUUAAUGUCGAAUGAGCAAUGUCCCCUUGCUCAUAGUUGACUUACCAUUCCUACAAAGAGGCAGAAACUUUGAGCAAUCUAGGUGUUUUUUUUCUUUCUUCUUCUCCUGAGUACACUCCCCAAAACACUCCUUUCCAGUUAUAAUUAGCAUCGUGAUCUAAGUGGAUACUACAUGGAAGAGGAAUCGCCAUUUACUCAGAAAAAAUGUCCCUUACAGGAACCAGCAGCAGCUUGGCGAAGUCACCGGCCCACCUCCAUCCGAAAUCAUGCUCACGUGCUUCGGAAGCAUCCGGGUCACUCCUUUCCCGCUUUUUCUUGCAGAUCAGCCUAGGCCAGUGUCAGUUCUGUUUCUCCUCUUGGCUGCCUGUACGCCCACAGCCUUCUGGCUGCAACAUUAUAGAAUCAGCCGUGUCUCCCCUAGUGGGGGAUUGGGGUUCUGUGUUUAGCCAUUUAUAUCUACUUUAGCUGUUAAGUCCAAAUGAAAAUCAGGUGAUUGUGGAACCAUGGGGACUUGGGGGUGGGGCAGAGGUGGGAACAUUUGUAUCAGUUGAGUCAGCUUCAUGGCUCCCUGCAGAGCCAGGGCUGAGCCUUGUCACGUGCACUCGCCAAUUAGAGAUUGAUCAGCCAGCAGUCAAAUGCAUUCUCCAGUCCUUGCAAGAAGGAUCAGCCCUUUCUGUACCAGCCUCAAUGGCCUUGUGCUUUGGUCUCCUUUUCUCCCCCGCCUGGAUCCUGCCUCGUGCGGGCCAUCCUGUUGCUGAGACUCGGGGUACCGUUCUGCUGACCCAGCUCCCUUUAGUCACGUUUGCUUGGCUCUGGUACCAAAUAGUUGGGAUUACCGAAGAGUCCCCUUCCUCACGUGUCAGCACGGAUGCCCUGACUGCCACACGUGUCCCCGUCAAGUGCCCGAGCUCGCCGCCAUGUGUGCUGCGCUGAGUGAGUUAUGAGGUGCCUUUCCCGGAACCCUCCUCUCACCUGGACCCAAGAGAGGCAACAGCUGUGGCUGGGGCUCUUGGUUUCCAGAGGGUCUGGACUGGUUUGGGUGCUUUAAAAUAGAUAUUUAGUUCAGUGGUGCUUAUGGGGAAGAUGGGACUAGAACUUAAGUGUCAGAUUUGGGUGGAUGGGAAAGUUACAUAUUGGUCUCUUGAAAUUUUUUUUUUCUUUAGCUAUUGUUACCAUUUGUCACUAUCUCCAUGUUAAAAUGCCAAAAAUGAUCUAGUUGUUGCUUUUUUUCCCUAUUUUCCACCCCAGUUGCUCCUUACUGUGAUUCCUGCCCUUGGAGGGCAUGUAGCAGUGUCUGUCCUGCCAGUCCCAAGGCCCUGUGGGAGGAGACUGGCCUGCAUCUCUCUAAGACUUAGUCUGACACCACACGCAUCUCUUGAUCUGUGUUCAGUCAGUAGUCCAGGGGAGAAGCUUCUGCCACUUCAGAGCUUUGCUAAACUAACCUAAUUUGUCCAAAUCACCCCAAAACCACCAUGUGUGACAAGCUUCCAUGCGACAGCCUGAUCCAUUUCCCUGGACAGGUCUCUUUCCUGGAAUGCAGCCCAGGCACCUGUGCUCCUGGCACCCUUGAGGUCUCUCCUUUGAGUCGUGGUCACCGAGAGGGUUGAGGAUGCAGCACCCGAGGUCCCAGCCUUUGCAGGAGCCGCCCUGGGCAGAGCUGGACUUAGAUCUUCGGUGGCCUCACGUAAACCCAGCAGCCAGCCUCUUCUAGAACCCUAGCCCAGGGACUGGAGCAGGAAAGGGACAUUCAAAGUGAAGAUUGCCUUGUCCCGCACCUCCUUCUGGCUUAGAUUGAAAAAUGGGCUUCCUAAUGGGUUAAAUCCUUUAAAACAAGGAGUUGUGGGGGAAGGGUGUCGUGCACUUCUAGAGAAAGGUACACAGUUGCCCAGCUGGGAACAUGCUUGGCACGACCCUGCAGGCAUCUGACUGGUCUUCCAGCUCAGGAAAAAGAAUUUGAAAGAGGCUUAGCAUGAAGGGGAAUCAAAGAGGAGGUUGUGAUUUUGUCAGAGGUUUCUGGUUUAGUGCUGUAAUUGUCUUUAUAUAUAUAUAUAUAUUUCUUGGAGUAAACAUUUUAAAUAAACAAUAUCGUCUACUGAAAAAAAUUAAAAAGUAAAAAAUAAACAUCCUGGUGCUCUCCCUAGGCAAAUAGGAGGAUAACGAUAACCAGUGGAAAUAUUUAUCAUCAUUCCUUCUUCCUCAGGUUUGUCAGGGCAGCAGUCAUCUGUGGGGCCAGUUACCCAUACACUAUUGUUAACAUAUAUUUCAGUAGGAUUAUCCAUCCAUGUGACUGCCCGAAUUAAAGGCGGGAAAGGCACAUAGGCCCAGUAGGUAUAAUUAGCUGCAGCUGCUCAUGCAGGCGUGGGGAGACUGACCACCAUUGAUACAAUCAUCAAAGCUGCAAGCGGCCAGGCACGGUGGCUCAUGCCUGUAAUCCCAGCACUUUGGGAGGCCGAGGCGGGUGGAUCACGAGGUCACGAGAUCGAGACCAGCCUGACCAACAUGGUGAAACCCCGUCUCUACUAAAAAUAGAAAAAUUAGCUGGGCGUGGUGGCGCGUGCCUGUAAUCCCAGCUACUCGGGAGGCUGACAGAAUUGCUUGAACCUGGGAAGCGGAGGGUGCAGAGAGCUGAGAUCGCGCCACUGCACUCCAGCCUGGUGACGGAGCAAGACUCCGUCUCAAAAAAAAAAAUGCUGCAAGCAGCCUACUCUCAGGAGUUUGUGUCAACUUUGUGUUCUCAAGGCUUUUUUUUUUUUUU